CAAAAAGUUACAUUAUGCAUAUCAGACAGAAACUAAGACAGCAGCAUUAUAAACACAAGAAAAAUUUAACAACUUUAUAUGUUUUAAGAAUUUGGCAAGGAUUUGAAGCUUUCCUGUGAUUAUAAGAUAAUGGAUACUAAUUCAGGAAAUUGGAGAUGUCCUAGAAAGUUUCAAUUGCUUGUUACUUCAGUUCUUCUUUUACUGCAAAACUUUCUGAUCAUCCCUCAGAUAUUUGCAGAGGCAACAAGCUCAGUGCAUAUUGUAUACAUGGGAGAUAAAAUAUAUCACAAGCCAGAAACUACUAAAAAGUAUCACCACAAAAUGUUGUCUUCACUCCUAGGAAGCAAAGAAGCUGCAAAGAAUUCACUUCUUUAUAGCUAUAAGCAUGGAUUUUCAGGGUUUGCUGCUAGAAUGACAAAAUCUCAAGCUGAAGAUAUAGCAAAGUUUCCUGAGGUAAUUUCUGUCAUUCCAAAUAGCAUUCACAAGCUCCACACAACAAGAAGCUGGGACUUUAUUGGGGUUCAUCAUCCCUCCUCAAAAAAUGUUUACACUAAAAGAGACUUAGGUGAAGGAACCAUCAUUGGUGUCAUAGACACAGGCAUUUGGCCAGAGUCAGCAAGUUUUAAUGAUGAAGCAAUGGGAAAAAUCCCAACAAGGUGGAAAGGAGUUUGUCAAGUGGGACAACACUUCAACUCAACAAACUGCAACAAGAAGAUAAUUGGUGCUAGAUGGUUCCUGAAAGGAAUAAGUGAUCACACUAAUCACACAUCAGAAUAUCUCUCAGCUAGAGAUGCUAUUGGCCAUGGAACUCACACAGCUUCCACAGCAGCUGGAUAUUUUGUUGAAAAUGCAAAUCAUAGAGGACUUGCUUCUGGUUUAGCCAGAGGAGGAGCACCUUUGGCUCACUUGGCUAUCUACAAGGCUUGUUGGGACAUUUCUGUUGGAGACUGCACUGAUGCUGAUAUCCUCAAAGCAUUUGACAUGGCUAUACAUGAUGGUGUAGAUGUCUUAACUGUUUCUCUUGGAAUUGGCAUUCCUUUGUUCUCCUAUGUCGAUCAACGCGACACAAUAGCAAUCGGUUCUUUCCAUGCAGCUGCAAAGGGUAUCGCAGUUGUUUGUUCAGCUGGAAAUUCUGGGCCUAUUUCUCAAACCAUUACCAAUACAGCACCAUGGAUCAUUACAGUUGCAGCCACUACAAUAGACAGGGCCUUUCCAACAACCAUUACACUUGGAAAUAACCUCACUUUGUUUGGAGAGUCUAUUGACAAAGGAAAACAUAAUAUUGGAUUUGUCGGCCUCACAUACUCCGAACGUAUUGCUCGUGAUCCAUCUAAUGAUUUAGCCAAGGAUUGUCAGCUUGGAAGUCUGAAUGAAUCAAUGGCAGCAGGCAAAAUUGUUCUAUGCUUUUCGGUAUCAGAUCAACAAGAUAUUGUUUCUGCAGCACUUACAGUAAAGGAAGCUGGUGGAGUUGGAUUAAUAUAUGCACAGAAACAUGAAGAGGGACUCAAUGAAUGUGGUAUAUUACCAUGCAUUAAGGUCGACUAUGAAGUUGGAACACAACUACUAACCUAUAUUAGAAGAGCAAGGUUUCCAAUUGCAAGUCUAAGUUUUCCAAAGACUGUUAUUGGAAAUUGGAUAUCUCCAAGAGUUGCAUCUUUCUCAUCUAGAGGACCAAGUACCAUGUCUCCAACUGUGUUAAAGCCUGACAUAGCUGCACCUGGUGUGGACAUUUUGGCUGCAUUUCCACCAAAGAACAGUAAAAAGAGCAGUGGAUUUACAUUUUUAUCUGGAACAUCAAUGUCUUGUCCCCAUGUGGCAGGAAUAGCAGCACUCAUCAAAUCCAAACACCCAACUUGGUCACCUGCAGCCAUAAGAUCAGCUUUGGUAACAACAGCAUCCCAAAGUGGAACUGAUGCAAGCCUAAUAUCUGAAGAAGGUCCCACACACAAGGAAGCAGACCCAUUUGAUAUUGGAGGUGGACACGUGGAUCCCAUCAAAGCAAUAGAUGCAGCAGGACUCAUAUACAACAUCACCACAGAAGAUUAUAUCCAAUUCCUAUGUUCUAUGGGUCAUAGCACUGCAUCCAUUAAAAAAGUGACCAAAACAACAAGAAGUUGCAACAAACAAAAAAGCCAAACCCUAAUGAAUCUCAACCUUCCUUCCAUAUCAAUUCCAAAUCUGAAAACGGUUGCAACAGUUACGAGAACAGUUACAAAUAUUGGAAAUACAAGUGUAGUUUACAAAGCUCUAGUGAAUACUCCAUAUGGUAUAAAAGUGAGAGUUGAACCACAAAUUUUGAGCUUCAAUUCAGAUACCAAAGUUCUUACCUUUAAUGUUAGUUUCAUAUCAACUCAAAAGUUGCAUGGAGAUUACAGAUUUGGAAGCUUAACAUGGACAGAUGGCAAGCAUUUUGUGAGGACACCAAUAGCUGUGAGGACUAUACAAUUUUAAUCUUAAGCAGAUGUUAUACAAAUGAGUUUGUUCAACAUCAAUUAAAUAAGUUUUUUAUUGGACUAAUUAAACAAA